UUGCGCAUUUACGACCCCCAAAAUCGACGAGUUGUUAAUUUUAUUGUGACACCAUUUCUGGUCAAGAAUGGCCGCAGUUUCGAUUUUUUGAUGUAAAAUUAAAGCAUCAGCGGUUGCUGAAAACAGUAAAAUACACCCGAUCCGUUUGCCUGUCUCUAAAAUUUUUAUUUAUUUUUUGACAAAUAAAAAUAAGGUUAUGUCACCUGAAUUUAAUUGGUAGUUAGCACACACAAAAACAGUUUGGUGGGGCUCAUGGGGGCACCACUCGACCGAAUCCGCGUUGUACUCAGUACUGUACGUAUGCAACGUCGUUAUUUGUCUACAAGGGGGCUUAUCAUCGCACAUGUUGGUGACGUUUGAGGUUAUGUCGCACCAUUGUUGCUAUGGGAUAUUUUUCCAAAUAAUUUGAUCAAUYUUGUGGAAAAUGCCAUCAGAUGGUGAUAAUCUCGUCCAAAAUGCGAAAAAAAUCGCGAUGGGGCUCCAUAGUGGUGAUAAGAAGGCCCGAAGGGGGGCGUUGAUCGACUUGGAGAAGUUUCUCUCAGACCCCAAAAAUGAGGUUUCGUGUGAGGAUUUGCGAGCCGUUUUCGUUGAGACUCAUAUGUAUUGUUUGAACGGCUUUCGGGACAAAACCGAAGUCGUUAGAGAGCAAGCCAUCAAGUUUAUGUAUUUUUUCAUCAUUGAUAAGUUGCCCCUGAAUGAUUUUUACUUGACUUAUGUGUGCCCCGUGCUAGUUGAGCGAAUCGGAAGUCUGGAAUUGAUUGAAGAAUCGGAAGAAAUCAGACUCGAAUUGGUCAAAUUCCUUCAAGCAAUUAUCCUCAAAUACUCAAAUACUGAGCAACUCAAGCCGUUUUUAGGCGAUUGUGUAGCUAUUUUGUGUCAAACCGUCAAAGACAAACACCCAGCGAUCAAGGAAUUGAGUUGCAAAUGUGUCGUAAACCUGGCCGAAGCCCUCCCACGCGAUUUUCACAUGCAAGCUGAGAAUUUAAUCAAGCCAAUUGUGUCCUGUUUUGGCCACCAGAGGUUCAGAGUGAGAGUUGAGGCMAUUAAAGCYAUUGGCGAGGUGGUCAUGCACAGCUCUUAUAAAGGCCUAGAUGAGGCGGUGGGCCCCCUAGCUGAGAAACUAUUCGACCAAAUACCCCUAGUUAGGCGCACGGUUGCCCAAGUGGCGGCAAGGUGGCUCCAGGAAUACCGAGACCGGUAUUCCUUCUUUCACAAAAUUCUACCACUGUUAUUGACUGGAUUAAAUGAUGAAGUUGCGGAGACACGAAUUGAAUCACACCAACUGUGGGAAAAAGUCGGUUUGCAAUACAAAAACGAAAAUGAGAAAGACUUAAAGGACCAAAUUGACUUUUUAUUAGAGUUACCCAAAUAUUACCCAACGGAUUUGAAACGYCCUAAUUUGGGCUGUCGCGUCCUAGUUCAGCGAAAUGUGGGUAAAUUAARCAAAGCCCUGUCGAACGAAUUGACAGGUUGGCAAGAAGACGUCCGGGUCCGUUGCUCUCAACUUCUUUGCAGUCUUGCAUUGCAUGCGGAAGAUGGUUUGACCCAAAACUUGCAAGAGUUGUUACCGGCGAUGUAUUCAGCGGCGCGGGAUGAUGAUCAGAGAGUUGUUGUUAACAUUUUUCGUGCGAGCGAACUCAUGGGGCUAUUUAUUCCGGUGAAGACGUGGCAACAAUUAAUGCUUCCGGUUGUUGAAGAUGGGGCUCAUUUUGGGCACUUGACCGUUUUGUGUGGUUUUAUCAAGGGGGCACCUUUGGAAUAUAUCACUGAACACCUAGUCGAGAUUACGAGAGUGAUUUCUGAUGAUUGUAUUUGUUACACUCGCAAGAAAAAACUUCAUAUCGAAUUGGUCAAGUGUUGUGACGCAAUUUCUGCGAAAAUCUCCGAAAAGUCCGACCCUGACGUCGGUUUUCACUUGUUUAAAAUUCUAGUUUCGGUGAUUUCGCUCCGUGACCCUGAAAAUUCUCAUCUCACAAUCGAACUACUCGAGCCCCUUGCCUCAAUUUUGAAAUUUUCGGGUGUUGAGUGUCUCUGGAGUACCCACGUGGGCCGUCUUUUGGCCCAUAUUAAAAAUGAGCCGAAAUCGUGGCUCGUGACUACCCCCCAACGCUGCAUUUUCGAAACAAUUCUCCUCCAUUCAAAUACCGCAUUUGGGGAAAAUCUCCCCAUGAUUGGGGAAAUUUUGAGCCACAGUUUGGACCCUGAAGCUGAUCCUGAGUCGCGUUUGAAGACUUUUUGGGCGUUAUCGAGUGCAUUUGAUAAUAAAUUUGUGAUUUUCCAGAAAUCGGACGAUUUGUCUCAAUUUUUCGAAAAAUUAAUUUCGGAAGUUUUUGUUCCUUCGUUAGUGUGGCGUCCGGGGUUAACAGCUGAGGCGUUGCGGACUAUGGCCGCGGCGUGUCUUUUGUGCGCUUUAACCCCCAUAGAAGGGGUCGAUUUAUUCACAAGUGGGGCUGUCUUGAGACAAUUGUGUAAGAAAUUAGCCCCACUUUUGAUUUCUUUAAUGGAAGAUGCAUCGUAUAGGAGUAGACAGUUGGCUUUGGAAUGUGUCACAGUUUUGAAAAAACAUGCAAGUAAGCUGGGAGUUUGGACAAAUGACGAUCUGGUUAAGGUGUAUCCUGAAAUUUUGAAACGCUUGGAUGACCCAACUGAAAAAGUUAGGCUUUGUGCUUUGAAAAUUUUGCCUGAAAUUUUCACAGGAGUCCCUGAAGUGUUUCAUGAAGCGCAUUUUAAGGCCCAUCAUGAACUUAUUAUUGAUACGCUUUUCACGCACUUUGAUGAUGAAGAUCAGAACGUCAGAGAUUUAGUUUUUGAUGUUUUCAAAGUUAUCGCCAAAAUUAAUUGUGAAGAACUUCUUUCAAAAGUUGAACGACAUAAACCACUUUUGUGUAAUCAACUGGGUUGUGAUGCAGUUUUAAAUUAUUUACAUGAGCUGAAACUUGAUUAAUUUAUAA